CAUUUCUUGCAUUCUUACAGACAAACAGCAACAAAAGGGAGAUGAGAAGAGGACUGUAAUGGUCACGGUUGGGACAUUCUUCAAAGACCCGACUCUUUUGGUCGGUUUGGGAAGUUCGGAGGGAAGUAUGUGCCAGAAACUGUAAUGUUUGCGCUUGCUGAGCUUGAGUUGGCAUUCAAUGCGCUUUCGUCUGACCUCGAGUUUCAGACAGAAUUAGAUAGCAUAUUGAAAGAUUAUGUUGGUCGAGAGAGCCCUCUUUACUUCGCAGAACGACUAAGUGAGCACUACAAACGUCCGAACGGAGUAGGACCACUCAUCUACCUCAAGAGGGAGGAUCCAAAUCAUACAGGGGCACACAAGAUUAAUAAUGCUGUAGCACAAGUUCCGCUCGCUAAACGAUUGGGGAAAGAACGCAACAUAGCUGAAACCGCUGGUCAGCAUGGUGUUGCCACAGCCACUGUAUGUGCGCGGUUUGGCUUGCAAUGUGUUAUCUACAUGGGUGCCCAAGAUAUCCAAAGGCAAUCACUCGAUGUCUUAAAAAUGAAACUUCUCGGUGCAGAGGUACGAGCAGUUUAUUCCGGGACAGGCACAUUGAAGGACGCCACAUCAGAAGCCAUAAGGGACUGGGUGACUAAUGCGGAAACAACCUAUUAUAUAAUGGGAUCUGUGGGAGGGCCACAUCCCUGUCCAAUGAUGGUACAAGAGUUUCAUUCGGUAAUUGGUAAAGAAACAAGGAGACAGGCCUAUGAGAAAUGGGGUAGAAAGCCAGAUGUGCUAGUUGCCUGCUUUGGUGGUGGUUCCAAUGCCAUGGGACUCUUUCACGAAUUCGUUAAAGAUGAAGAUGUAAGGCUGAUUGGCGUCGAGGCUGCAGGAUUUGGCCUAGACAGCGGAAAACAUGCUGCUAGCUUAGCAAAAGGAGAGAUCGGUGUGGUUCAUGGAACAAUGAGCUAUCUAUUACAAAACUAUGAUGGGCAGAUAACAGAGCCUUAUUCGAUCAGUGCAGGUCUGGACUACCCCGGAGUUCGACCCGAGCACAGCUUCCUAAAAGACAUCAGACGUGCUGAAUAUUAUAGCAUCACCGAUGAAGAGGCUCUCCAAGCUUUUACAAGAUUAUCACAACUGGAGGGGAUAAUUCCAGCCCUGGAGACAUCGCAUGCACUCGGGUAUUUAGAGAAAUUGUGCCCAACCCUGCCAAAUGGGACAAAGGUUGUGCUUAAUUGCAGCGGCAGAGGAGAUAAAGAUAUUCAAACAGUUAUUAAGUAUUUAGAACAUUAAUACUACUGUGUAGUUACCUAUGCUAUUUGAUACUGUGUGCAUGUAUCCAAAGAG